GCGAAUUGCGUAAAUAGGUGGUUCCCGCAUGUCAGUUGAGAAUAAUUUGAUUUUCACCAGAAACAGCAAAUAACAACAAUCAUGAAAGAAACGCCGCUUUCCAACUGCGAGCGAGACUUCUUACUGAGAGCAAUCGAAGAGAAAAAGCGGCUCGAUGGACGACAGACCUAUGACUACAGAAAGUUGAAAAUCACUUUUGGGACUGAUUAUGGAUGCUGCUUUGUGGAUCUGGGGCAAACCAGGGUCAUGGCUCAGGUGUCGUGUGAGUUGGUGGCGCCUAAAGAGAACCGGCCCACUGAGGGAAUCCUGUUCUUCAACAUCGAGCUGUCACCCAUGGCCUCGCCAUCGUUCGAGCAGGGCAGACAGUCGGAGCUGUCGGUGAAGCUGAACAGACAGCUGGAGAGGUGCCUGAGGAACUCCAAGUGCAUCGAUACUGAGUCGCUGUGUGUGGUGUCUGGAGAGAAGGUUAUGAGAUGCAGUAAAAUAGCCAGCGUCAAAGUGUCUGAAAUCACUGAACUCAUCAGUCAAGCCUUGUUAAAUGACAAGGCUGCCAGGAAGGCAGGUGGUAAAUGUGGCUUUGCCGAGUCCAUGCCUCAGGAUCGGAUCACAGCUCUGAAAAUGGACCAGACCGAUGUAGAGAUGACCAACGUGAGCCAAACAGGAAGUGGGGUGAUCCUCCAGGGAGAUGAAGCCCCGCCCCCAACAGUCCCAUCCCCAGUGGUGCCGGUGCCAGGUGUUGGUCAGGUGGGUCAGGGUCUGCAGAGCUGGGGACUGGAGGAGGAAGAAGAAGAUGAUGAUGAUGAGGAGGAGGAGAGCAGUGGAGAUGACCAAGUGGAAGAAGUGACACAGAUAAAACUGUCAGAAAAAGACAAGAAAGAAGCAGCUGUGGUGGAGAUUUCAGACAGUGAGGAAGAGGAGGUGGUCAUACUUUAUCCAGAGACGACAGAGAAAUCAAAGAAUUCUGGGUCCAGAUCUGACCAGAAGGGGGCAGCAGCAUCCAAGAAACGCCAGAAGAAAUGACCGCAGCUUGAAACCGAAACAGAGAAAAUACUACAAUAAUAUGAUAUCGAAAAAGGCUUAAAACUGAUUCAAAUAAAUUUAUUUUUUACAUUUCUAGAA